AUGACCACCGAAAUCCGCACAUACACGCUCGCGACCGCUGCCGCGCUCGACGCGUACGCCACCGUGCACUGGCAACGGCAUAUCCCCAGCCUGGCCAAAUACGGCAUCACGACCCACCGCGUGUUCAAGGAGCUCGCCGGCGUGCACGGCAUGACUGGCCCGCCCGGUGCGCCGCCGGCCCCGCCGGCCCCGCCUCCUGCGCCGCAGUACCGCCUCGUGGCCAUUGUCUCGUACCAGCCCGGCGCGGACCCCGCCGCCGUCACCAAGACGUACAUGACCAGUCCCGAGUUUAGGGCCGACAUGGCCGGGUUCGACAUGAGUGGCAUUGUCGGCGUGAGCAGCGUGUUUGUUGAGGCUGCGGCGAGCGACCCCAACGCGUAG